UCGCCGCGCUGCCCUGCCGGCAAGUUCUAUGUGAGUGCCAGUCGCGGGAGAGUUCGAUUCGAGUGAUCCGCGACACUCCGCUCCUUUUCUUAUCCCGUUUCCCUCCCAGCGAUUUUUCGCGGCGCGCGCGUUGCCGGACGCACUCGGACGUUCCUUCCGCGGGACGAGGCCCCACCAACAUCGUGAAACGGUGAGAGAGAAGUGACACUACAACGAACUAUUCUGGCCCCAAGUAUCGUUUCGUUUCGUUCCGUUCGUGUUUGUUUUGUUUUUGUUUUCCAUUUCUGUUUCGCGUUGAACGACAUGCCGAAGUGUGCUUAACAAAUAACGCGGAGUGACAGUGCAGCCAAUCGUGUACAGUUUCGUUUCGGAGUGGUGGUAUCGACUGCCACACGAUUUCCUCGCGGCUAGAGCACGUUGGGUGUCAGGGAUAAGCCAGCAGCACCUCGCGGAGGUGCUCCCGCUUUGUCAAAGUGGAGUACACAGAGGAGCCUAGCAUGAUGGACUCGGUGCCGGUUUCUGCGUCGGGGUCGAAGACCGGAUUACAACCGCAGCAGCAGGGGGUACCGUACGACCUUGAGAGCGGAUUCGAACCGCAGACGAGAGCUCGGUCGCACACGUGGCCGCUGCCAAGAUCCGAGGAGUACAUCGAGGGGAACGUGGUGGCGAACGUGAUGUCCGGGAGCAAGGAGGGCGUCGAGGGCGUCGAAAGUGGCACGCCGCCUCAGCACGGCGCUCUCGGCCAAGGUGCCGGCAGCCUGCUUCCGGUCAAAAAGAAUUCGUCGCGGCGGAACGCAUGGGGGAAUCACAGUUACGCUGAUCUGAUCACUCAGGCGAUCACAAGCGCACCCGACGAACGCCUCACGCUCUCGCAGAUCUAUGAAUGGAUGAUGCAGAAUAUUCCGUACUUCAGGGAGAAGGGGGAGAGUAACAGCAGCGCCGGAUGGAAGAACUCUAUACGACAUAAUCUGUCGUUGCAUAGCAGAUUCAUGCGGGUUCAGAACGAGGGUACUGGUAAGAGUUCUUGGUGGAUGAUCAAUCGCGAUGCUAAGCCCGGCAAGUCUUCUCGUCGAAGGGCUAUCACAAUGGAAACUAGUAAACUGGAGAAACGACGCGGCCGCGUGAGGAAGAAGAUCGAGGUACUAAGAAACGGCGGUUUGCAGGCCGACGCGACGCCCAGUCCUAGUAAUAGCGUGAACGAGGGACUCGAUCUCUUCCCCGACAGCCCUCUUCAACCUGGAAGCGGUUUUCAACUCUCCCCUGAUUUCCGUCCUCGAGCUUCAAGCAACGCCUCAUCUUGCGGUCGGUUAAGUCCAAUCCCUGCAAUCCCUGGAAAACAAGAAUGGACACCAGCAUACACUUCUUCUUAUAGCCCAGAACAAUUAGCCGGUAGCUUCGCGGAGACGAUGAAACUGGAAUCCUAUCAAAUGUAUCAGACGUCGCCACCGAGCCAUCAACAGCAGACCGGUCCGCCGCCAUCUUAUUACGAGACCCAGUAUCAGAGGAGCAACAGCAUUUCCUCGGGAUCCUCUUCGUUCGCUCUGCAAUCGACACCUCAGCCCGCGAGUCAGCAGAGAUGCCCGAUCCACGGUCUGCAGCCGUGCGCUUGUCAAAUGAAUCUAAGUCCAGUGGCUGGUAUGUCGCCGUCCUAUCAGCAAAGCGAGCCAAGUCCCACAGCUCUGGGCAGUAGUCAACAGCAGACUCUACAGUUCAUGAUGCAAACGCAACAGUGCCAGCAACAACAGCAACAGCAACAACAGCAGCAGCAACAACAACAACCGCAAACUGGACCGACGGGAGCAAGCCCACCUCAAACACCAACAACUUGCGGACCCACACCGAGCACAAUGAUAGGACAGUAUUUGGGUGCGCUGAAUAAUUCUACGAUCCUUGACGAUUUGAAUAUCAACAUCGAGUCGUUGCAUGGCGGAUUUGACUGCAACGUUGAAGAAGUUAUCAAGCAUGAGCUGUCGAUGGAUGGGACGUUGGACUUCAAUUUCCAGCAGGGUGCGAUGGGCACAAACGCGAUUCAGGUGGGCGACCGAAGCGUCGGACAAAACGGUCCAGUGUCGCAGAGCACCGUAGUAGGAGCAACGACUGGCAACGCUGGCGUUUAUGUGACCAGCAGCGCCGCGACUCCCGCCGCGCCGCCCUCAUGGGUCCACUAGCAGUGGUACCCGUCGUUCUCGACGUCCCCGUCAUCUUUGUCGCUGGACGGUCAGGAGAAACGUCUGCGGACCGUUCGGGGCACAGCUCAUCGGUGAGUCCAGCAUUAUUUGUUAGAAGAAAUUCGCCCAGUCGCCAACGAACGACAGAGUUCUAACCGAUCUCAUGACGGUGGUCCGUUUCGUCGAAAAAGGAGAGUCCUCACGCUGGGGAACGAGUGAUCGACCCGUAGGGGUCGAACCUCGUCAAGCUGGCUCACAAAGAAAGGCUGCAAAUUCGAUCAUUCUGAUUGCAAUGCAACUUCGUAGGACUGCAGAACACGAUUAACCACAUGGGAAACGUUUCUUUCCUUUGGCACAAGUUUUCUGAAGGGCUAGAAUGAACUUUUGGCCUCCGUUUUGUAUUUGCGUAUUAACUAUGUUUAUGCUCUUCGCGUGACGCGCUACAAAAAUUUCAUAGAAAUUGAAGAAAGCUGAAUUAAUGUAGGUAGUUUUACGGAGCAGGAUUAGGAAAGGAAUGGUGGAUGAUUUUGGGACUGGCCCCUUAUACCGGUAAACCGCUAUUAAUCUAUGACGAAGGUCAAUACUUCCUUGAUUUUACGACAAACAUUUUUCGAAGGCGGUUAUUGGUACAAUUUAAUUGGUUGGGUAUUUCAUUUUUGAUUGUCAACCACGAGUUAUAAUCACAUAUUUGCAUCAUCCACCAACCUUCUCCCUUAAUCUCCUUUUCAAUAUCUUCCAUAGACUUCAAGUUCCACGCGAAAGCUUUAAAAAUUAUUUUCACCCUCUGACAGUGAAUUUCUGCUAACUGUAGAAAUUGUUUCUGUUCAGUGCAAUGUGUUCUGUUAUCCUAGAAAGUUUGAUUAGAAUUAGAAUUUUCGAGCUUGAUACUUUUGGUUGUUAGAAACCACGUGUUGCCCGUUCACGUAUUUGUUUCUAUAUACAUAUUUCUACUCAGUUCGCUCUUUAAAUAUGUAACACCUGUUUUAUCUCAACAUUGUCGUACGACCUCCUCAACAGGAAUGCAAACGCAUCCACAAUCGGUAGUUAUUGUAAUUGUGUAUAUUAUCCGUAUGUACAAAGUCUUCUAUUAAAUAAAGCCAUUUAUUAUUAAAGAAGAAAAGCAAAAGGAUAUAUUCGUUCGCGUGUUCCCGCACGCCACCGAAUCGUUGUCUUUGUAUUCGUGCAGGGUGUUUCAGAAUUUUCGGUGCGAUUAAAAAGCCAGACAUUUUUAUUAAUUAUAACUACUGCGGAGUCUUAUGUGCUUGUGAGAUUCGUGAAUGCUCUACACGAUAAUUGCAUUCUUUCCGUUGUACAGAGACGUAAAUAAAAAAUAUUAACGAAUACUUUAUUUGAUUUAACAGAAGCCAAAAGUUAAUUUACCUGUAAAAAUCAAUUCACAUAAGGCUCCGCAGCCUAACAACAUACAGUAAAAAUAAUUUCAACCAUUCUGCAAGUAAUGAUGAAACUUGACUAAGUAUAUGUUAAAUUUCGAAUUACGUUUGUACGAAAUUAAGAAAUAUUUUUCUACGGUCAUGAAAAUAAGACAGAAGAUAUACUAAUUGUUGAAAAAUACUUACUUCUUUCCCGCAACGAUCAAGUUUUCCGAGAAAAUUACUUGAAAUUACUUGUAUCUAGCGAGAAAUGACUUGAAUGUUCUUGAAAAUAAUAUCGAUUCAUUAUCAUUUUAUAUUUCUCCAUGUACCAUUCUCACUAUUAAUGGCAUGUAUAAAGCGCACGAACUCCAAAACUUCUCGAGCGUAACGAUUAUUUGGUUCGCUGUUGUUUAAAAAAAACCCUAUAACUGACAUUGUAUCGUUCAUUACGAAACACCCUGCAUAUCGGAAUAUGGUAAGCGUACGAUAAUGAUUUCCUCCUAACCGUACCUGCUCAAUGCAAUCUUCCGUUCUCUGCGCGUAUACAAGGCGUUCACGCAAUCAUUAGCUAGCGUUUCCAACGUAACCAGUACACAUGAAGUGAAACAGGAAAAUGUUCUUUUUAUAACCGACACGAUAGCGUAUGUCAAAUGAUCACGAGUGCCAUAUUAAAUGAAAAUAUUAUGUUAUUUGAAGUAAAAAGCGAAGAAGAUCUUCAAUUUUCAACUAACUGUCAAAAUGAUAUCAUUAUUGGACAUUAUCAGAAUCGCGAUUUGCCUAGCACAACAGGCAAGAUCAUGAUUAUCAACAUAAGGUAAUUCUUUGAACUUGCUGGGAAUACUUUCCUUUCACCCACCUGUUCUUUCUAAUUGCCCCACCAGGUUUUCUUAGUCCCUUUCACCGUUGCUUCCAACUGUUUUUCUUAGCUCCGCUGACCACUUUUUCGUAGCUUUUCCCGCAAACACUGAGUUCUCCUUCGAACGUUUUCUCUGAAAAAAUGAAAAGUCCCUUUUAUCUUUUAAAUAAUAUAAGAAUAAUAAAUCGAUAUGUCUCGCAUCGUGUUGAUUAUAACAAACAGUAAAAUCUUUUUCUGCUUCAUUUUUCUAGUACACGUAUGAGCUACGAGAGAAACGCUCGCCGAUAACUGCGCGAGCGCUUUACACGAUUGUUCAUUCGGAAAUUUUCCGAUCGCAUAAUCGGUUCUCCGACAAAACAGGUGAAUUAAUAAUAGGCAGUGAAAACUUCGUACACUUUUCAUCAAUGAGAAAUUCUUCGAAUAUAGGUAGACAUUUCUAUAUUCUACGAUGUGUAAUUAAAUAGUUAAUAUAAUAGGUACUAAGUUUAUUGUAGACUAUUAUUAAAAAGUAAUGGUGGUUAGUCCGAGAGAAAUAACGCAGAGAUAUGGUGAAACCUCCAUUAUCCAAACGUCUCACUCUACAGAAUCUUGGAAUUGUACAUUCGUGUAAAAGUGUAUAUUUCUUUCGUUGGUAUGUUGCUUCGCUACCAAUCGUAUCCAAGAUCCGUAAAGGUAUCUGUAGGAAUACAACGUUUCACGGAAUAACGCGAAAGAUUAAUUCCAUAACCCUAAUCUGGGGUGAGAAGCGUGCACCAAUCCGUGAAACGUUGCGUUCGAGACAGAUAAGUGAAAUAAAUAAUUAAAGUGCAGUGUUUUCUUAGUAUAAGUUCAAUCAAGUUCGGAUCUCCACAGCAUAAACCGUUCUCCAGCGAUGGCCAUUUUGUUUCUCAGCGAUUUCAACUGUAGCUUGGCUGAAAAAGCAUUGCACUUUUUAGAAUUAAGAUUCAGUUUCGUGCGAACCUUAUCUCUAAGGACAUUUCUCGAUAAAAAUGAUGAUGAUAAUGCUGAUAACGGUAAUGAUAAUGAUAAUGAUAAUGCCGAUAACGGUAAUGAUAAUGAUAAUGAUAAUGAUAAUGAUAAUGAUAGUGAUAAUGAUAGUGAUAAUGAUAACGAUAACGAU